AUGGCAUCCACCGAACCCGAGACUUCGUCUGUGAAAGUCACCAGGUCUGACGACGGCAUCACCAUCAUCGCCAUUAACAGACAUCAUCGCAGGAAUGCUGUUGACGGCCCUACCGCGCGAAAGCUGCACGAAGCCUUUCUAGCCUUUGAAGACGAUGCUAGCCAAAAAGUCUGCGUCUUUCACGGCGACCACGGCUACUUUUGCGCGGGCUUCGAUCUACACGAAGUAGCCAAGUGGAACGGCCCCGGAGACAACGAGUACCUUGGCCCGAUUGUCGACGCUUCCCAUACCGUGACGGGCGGUCGACAGAUCGGCCCUAUCGGCCCCUCAAGACUCCAGAUCAAGAAGCCCGUCAUCUGUGCUGUUGCGGGGUACGCCGUUGCUGGAGGCAUGGAGCUUUCUCUUAUUGGGGAUAUCCGCGUUGUUGAAGAGGAUGCCGUCUUUGGCAUCUUUUGUCGGCGCUUCGGCGUGCCGCUCGUCGAUGGCGGAACGGUCCGGCUUCAGGCCAUUAUUGGCCUCGGUCGAGCCCUGGAUCUUAUUCUCACUGGUAGACCUGUUGGAGCGCAGGAGGCUCUUCAGAUGGGUCUCGCAAACCGAGUUGUCCCCAAGGGCCAGUCUCUUGAGGAAGCUACAAAGAUUGCGAAGCAGCUAUUGGGAUUCCCUCAGCUUUGCAUGAACGUCGAUCGAGCAAACUGCUACUAUUCGGCUUACAACGCGACGUCUUUCGAGGAUGCGCUGCGAAAUGAGUUUGUGAAUGGGGCUCCAGUAAUCACGAAGGAGAGUGUCAAGGGAGCCGCUCAGUUUAGCGCUGGGGCUGGACGGCAUGGUGUUUUCAAAAACGCAGACAACUCAAAUCUUUAA